AUGCUAUCACGAAUAUCCGACGCUUUGGGGUGUUGUGACAAAGAUUCCUCAAGCGACUAUGCACCUGAAGGCAGUAGUUGGCUAUCAACAAGUGUGGAGGUUACUCCCUUUUUUGUGGUCCCAGCUCAAACACUACAAGAUAUCUUGCAAAAGAUUGGGAUAAGUAGAUGUUCGAAUACGGGACAGUUUUAUCUGACUAAAAUGCCAUUCUUAGCCGUUAACAAUCAUGUAUCCAAUCCUACUUCACCUUGGGCUAUGGCUUAUUCCGCUCAAAAGCGAUGCCGUUAUUUGGAAACUUUUCUAAAGUCUAAGCAUCAGUUGUGUCACAAACUGACUGAUGAAUUACGCAGUCUAUCAGCAAUUUCAAAUGAAGAUAUUCCAAGUAAUUUAUCUACGUUCUUCAAUUUGCUAUGUCCUUUACUUACGGACACACCCAAUGCGGAAGUUGAUCUUCCCAAUAAUGACGUCUUGCUAUUGUUUGGCUCUCCAGCAACAGCAUUUCAAAUACUUUUGUUUACACCAUGUUUGUGCUCUCUUCUGACGGACUUCGUGUUGGAGUUAGUUGCUAAUCAUUCGCCAUAUUCUGAACAUCUUCUUGAGCAAUUUCGACAACCCAUUGGUCUUCAUGCGUUGUUCGGCACCAAACAAACAUUUUCUGAUAUAUCCUCACGUCUUACUGAUCUCUUUCAGAUUGCUGAGGAACCACGAGUACAAGCCAAAAUCCUUGGGAUUCUUCCUGAUCUGGCAUCUUCUCCUUGUUCGUCAGGAUGUAUAUUAAGUGAUGAAGACAGAUCAUCGCUUGUUUCCCAGCUUAUCAACUUACUCGAUAAUGUAUCUCUUGAAAAUCAACACACCUCAUCCAAGAAUUGUAAUGCAGUCAUUUGCCUCAUCGAGUGUUUAACGGAUUUUUCUGUGAAAGGAGACUUGAUGGAUAGAUUGCAUUCUGCUUUCUUCCAACUUCUUGAUCGCUGUAAUGGCCUGGAUUUCUAUUUUGAGUAUCUUCGUAUAAUAACUCGUUGUCUUUUGAUUAGUGGACCAGCUCUUCCACAGACACCAGCUGAAUUAUCUAGACUUGUAACGCGUCUACGCACUUUUUUCGUUUUUGCUAGAUCAGGCUUCGUUGAUUCAGCAGCUGUAAUAAAUUCUACUCUUGUUGACCUUUUACGAGUUGCAUUUCGAUUUAACAAAAAUAUUGCAUCUGAAUGGAUACGUGUAAUUGGUUUAGAUUCUCAAACGUGGGACUCAACCUGUCAGACUACCAAUGGUUUCAGACCUCACAAUCAGUCUUUUCAAGAUUUUAUCAUACUAUGUAUAGCUCUCAGUACUCCAACAAUGACUGUUCAGAAAAGUGGAGAUAAUUUAGAUGUGGCUUCAAACACUUCUUCAAUGGAGGCUCUCUGUUCUUCUGAUUCAUAUCAAUUUAAUCGCUUAAAAACUGAAGUGCUCUCUUCAGUACGUCGUCUUUUGAUUACUGGAAGGUUGUUUUCACAUGAUAAAAUCCAUAGUGAUAUAGACACAUUUCUAGCAAAUUACGGAGAGUUACUAUUUUCUGGGAGUACUCGUCUUUUUUCACCAUUUACAUUCAUUUUAAAUCAGCUUAUCGCAUCAAAUGAUCUGGUUCCCACUCAUUUCAAAAUUGUAACCAGGUAUAUUGCCCUCUCUUUAUACAUCAAAGCAUUCACCAGCUGCAUGAGUGACCAUUUACAAAGACAGGAAAUUAUAAGUCAUCUUGUUCACCAUUCGUUGACUGGGAUCAAUAACUUAAUUGUGAGAAAUAGUGGUCGCCCUAAGUUGGAAGGCAUCAUAGACGCUACCCUUGUGACAUUGAUACGACUAGCUCAGUCGAGUGCUAAAGAAUUGGGGAUUUUCGAAACAAAUUUACGUGCUCUUCGCAAUCAAGUUGAUUUUACGGAGUCUUGUUGUGAUCCUAAACAAACUAAUUUGAAAGAUUUCAACGUGUUUAACGGACACCACUCGGGCUAUUUACACCGAAAAAAACAUAUAAAACAUAUAUUUUUUAUACUCGCGUAUACGGCAUUUGGAAUCAGAGAACAUCGCGAACAACAGGACAGUUUAUUGCUGUUUGUUCGUAAGCUGCUGUCAAGUCAGCCAUUAUUUUCGAAAUGUGUGGGUAUAAUCGGUGCUGUUGCAAUAAUUGAAGUAAUCUGUAAGAGGGACUCUUCAUUGAAAAACAUAGAACGCGAUUCGGCUACUUGUCUUUCACUGAAUGAAGAUGACUCUGCUGUGUUAGCUUCACAGCUUGCCCAUGUGGAUAGCGCUCGAAGCAGUACAUAUACCACAAAUACUAGUCGAAGCAGUAAUGCUAGUUCAUUGAGCUUGAAAGUUCCUGGCACAGAACUUGCUGAUGACCCAUGUGAUGUUCAUCUGUCAGUUGGUAACAGUGAGGAAGAUACAGGUGCUAACUUUUCUUCUCAUUCUUCUCACCUUAUAACGCCACCUUCUCGUCUCCUACUAAGACUGAUAGGAUUGGUCGAAUAUUCAGUUCGUUCAUAUUGUCAACUAAUGGUGUUUUGGUUAGACGAACUGGCAUUUUGUUUUAAUCGAUUAACUCAACUAAGUGAUAAGUGCAGGACAAGUCAAUCCAUUUUAGAUCAUGGAUCUAUUAAUGAAUCUCCCUUUUACGGAGAAGGCAAAAAGCUUGUCAUUUGGAUGGGUGCUCGAAUCAUGCGCCGUUUCCAGGAUGAUUUCGUUUUGGAUAAUGCUUCUUUACAAAAUUAUUUACCUCAGUUUUCAUUGCAUAAACCGAGUUUGUGUGAGGUCGCAGUUGCUUUGGGACCCUCAUGGGACAGAUGUUCAGCUAAUAAACGUUUAUUCAAAGAGGAGAAUUCAUCUGUUUCGAGUCCUCUUUUAUUGCCUGCAUAUUUAAAUUUGAUAGCAAUUGUAGAGGCAGAUCAAAAUGGUGGAAAUUUGGAUACCAUCGAUGCUCUUUGGGUUGUCCAGUCCUAG